UUCUGCCUAUAUUUGUAGCAAUGGCUAGGCCAAGAAGGUUCAAGGCUACACCACUUAAUACAGAGAUCACUUCUGCAAAUUCUCAUGAGGUUAGGUGUAAACGCUUUAAGGUUGCAGCACCUGAAGCUGGUUCUGCAUCACAAACUUGUAGUGGAGCUUGUUCUGGUGCUUCGUCGUCUAAUGUUAGUGAUCAUGUUAGCAUGCCACCGACACAUGGGCCUGAGUAUGCUUCAUCUGAAUCUGAUUCAUCGGAUGAUGAUGAUGUCCCUCCUACUUCUAGUGAGACUACUGCAAGUAAGAAGAAGAGCUAUUGGAUUGUCAGUCUUAUUGAUGAGGGUGGUACCAUUACAGAAGGAAGACUGAAGGUGCGAGAUAUUUGGUCACUUCCUACAGGUAAAAGAAUUAUCAUCCCGUGCAAUAAGCUUGGCCAACCAAUAGAUGAUGCAGGUGGUCUCUUGGGUGGCUUCAUGGGAGAUUUAGGGUCUGACUUUUCUAAAUUUCCUAUGUGUUACAAGUCAUGGCAUAAGGUUCCAGUUAACUACAAGAAUAGUGUAUAUGACGACAUUAUACAGGCAUCAAACAGGCCAAGACCACAUUCCUCAUCCAAAUGUUGAAACCCACCGCGAUGCUAAUCAUGUUGUUCAACCUGGAUUUUGCUUAUGGAUUUCAGUUCUAAUUUUGUUAGCAAUGAACUUGUUUUUCUGGAACUGUGGAUUUUGCAUCAGUUUAUCAGAUUUUAGGUCUUAUAUUUGGACAAAUAGAAAUUGUUCCGUUAAGAAUUCUCCAAAUGGGAGCUAUGUUGCUUGUUUUUGAACCUAUUAUUCUAGUUAUUUGAGGUUUUUUGCCACUGUGCCUUUUAUUGAGUAGUACAGAGUUUUUGUCUUGUGAUCAGAUGGCUGUUGUAAUUGAAAUGAGCUAUAUAUUUUGCCAAAGUUGUUUUUCUAUUUAA